GCCAUCUCAUCCCUGCGCACUUGCACCGCAUUGCACCAGCUUCCCGAGCCCCUCUCCUCCCCUCCUCCACCUUUCCGUCCAGCUGUACUCCGUAGCCUCGUAGCAGUGGCCUCUCCUCUCCGCCUGAGGUGUGCGCAUUUACCUGGCCCACCGUCCACCAUCUCAACCGCGAAAGAGAACCCCCAGCCGAGACGACCCUGGCCGACCAGGGUAUCAACCAUCGCCAACCCCUGUUUUUGGUGCCCAUUGCUGCUCUUCUCCCUCCAAAACUCUCACUGGAGCUGUGCGUCACGCCGUCACCCUCUCGAGAAUUUGCACAAGCUCGAGAGCUACCUUGCCAGGACGAAGAGAGGAACACGGAAGAACAGAGCAAACACGACAAGCGGAGCGUCUCGCAUUCAGGCCCAGACCGUACUUAGACUACUCCAGUCCUCCACAACCUCGAGCCUCCUUCUUCUACCUUGCUCUACUCUCCGAAUUGCUGCUACGAAUAUCGACAGAGUACCGAAACAGUCUGUUUGUUCCACCACAACCCACGCAUGCCCAGACUUUUCCAACCCCAUUCCUGAGCUUCUUUUCGAGCUGCAUUGUCUCAUUCUCUGCCCAUUCCAUGCCAGUCUCGGUCUCAAGGAUAUACUUUGUCCACCCCCGCAUCCAGCCGCCUGGACUGCAACGGGUCUACCAACUUCUCACGGAUGCCUUACCGUUAGGUAG